CGGAGCGCCGGAGGUUGCGGACGGGAGUGCGGGCAGCACCGGGGGUGAGGACUGUGCGUCGAGAGCAGGAACCUGGCAGGGUCCGGAUUGUAAACGGGAAGCCUCUGCGGGGAGGCCGUGGGCCGGACCAGUGGCGAGCCGGGCCGGAUGGGCGGCACGGCAGGGCCAGAGCCCGGGGACCCCCGAGGCGGCUGAGCUGGCCCAUGGCGGCGGGCGCGGGCGCCUUCGCGUGGGCCACCUUCCCCGCCAUGCCCACACGACGCGUGUACUGCAGCGCCGCGCACCGCGACGGGCAGCUCUUCGUGCUGGGCGGCUGCGGGGGCGGCGGGCGAGCCCUGGGAACUGCUGAGGUGCUCGACCUCCAAGCCCAGAGCUGGACCACACUCCCACCACUGCCCACGCCGCGGGCUGGUGCUGCCGUCCUCGCCCUGGGCAAGCAGAUCUUGGUAGUGGGCGGUGUGGAUGCGGCACAGAGCCCCCUCGCCUCCGUUGAGGUCUACCACGUGGAUGAGGGCAAAUGGGAGAAGAAGGCAGCAUUGGCUCAGCCGUCCAUGGGCAUCUCAGCUGUGCAGAGAGAUGGAGCUGUCUAUGCACUGGGGGGAAUGGGUGUGGACACCUCUCCCCAGGCACUGGUCCGUGUCUAUGAGCCGGCAAAGGACCACUGGCAGCCCCUACCUUCCAUGCCCACACCGUGUUAUGGGGCCUCUGCCUUCCUGCAGGGAAACAAGAUCUUCAUCCUGGGAGGCCGGCAAGGAAAGCUGCCUGUCACCGCCUUCGAGGCUUUUGACCUGGAGACAAGGAGCUGGACACGCUACCCCAGCGUCCCCAGCCGCCGCGCCUUCGCCGCCUGUGCCAUGGCUGAUGGAGUUGUCUUCAGCCUGGGUGGGCUGCAGCAGCCAGGGCCCCACAACUUCUAUUCCCGUCCCCAUUUUGUCAACACCGUGGAGAUGUUUGAUCCUGCGCAGGGUGUGUGGAGAAAGCCAAACCGCACCAUCCGUAUGAAAGAGAAGAGAGCUGACUUCGUGGCUGGAUGCCUGGGAGGAAGAGUGGUGGCUGUGGGUGGCCUCGGGAACCAGUCCUGCCCACUGGACUCAGUGGAAGGGUUCAGCCUCUCACAGAAAAAGUGGGAGCCGCUGCCCCCCAUGCCCACUGGCCGCUGCUCCUGCUCCAGCUGCCCAGCACCCAGCCUGCUCUUCAUCAUCGGCGGUGUGGCCCAGGGUCCCAGUGGUGCUGUUGAGGCUCUGUGCCUGCGUGAUGUGCCCUGAGUGGGACCCCGGGGACCAGCCCUGGCCAAGCACCAAGUGCCUGAAGACGGGGACAGGGUGUGUGAGCACCCAUGUGUUCACCUGGGGUGAGCUGGCUCCAGGAAGCCUCUGUCCCAUGAUGCCAGGCACCAGAGCAGCUGCGGUUUUGGGAACUCCCAGCUCCUGCAGCGCUGUGGCAAUGAAGCCCAGGGCAAACUCCUGCCUGGUGGGAUGGCCAUCGCCAGCAGCGUGGAGGGAGCAGCGGUGGCAGGACUGCCGCUGGCCUCACUGCCCUGUCUGGCCCCAUCUGUGCCACGGCUUGUCUGUGCCGUGUGUGUAGCAGUGAGUGCUGUGUCGUCGUAGACCCAGUCGAUGUCUCAUGUAGCACAGAGAUGCCCUGUAGCUCAGUGCCUGGGAGGUGAUGUAGCACCUCAAAUAAAUGAAACAUGGAGUUUUAGCCUA